AUGCUCAAUGUCAUGGACAGGAAUGAGGUCUCACCGGCGUCUGCCGCCACCAUGAAAAAGAAAACAGCGGGCGGCAGCAGCAGCGGUGGACGCGGCCACAUCAACUCAAACAAGGCUGCAGCUGCAGCAUCCAAGUGCACGAGAAGCAACAGCGGACAAAACGGUGUGGACUCCGCUUGUGCAUUCGCACCCGGUGGCAAGCAUCCAGGUGUGAUGGACGAGACGGAGGACGGAGAAGAAGAGUCCAAGUUUCAGCAUCCGCGGUUGCGCCGAGCCGGGGGGAGCGGCGGCGGAGGCGGCGGAGGAGGAGGAGGAGGAGGAGGAGGCGGCAGUAUCAGGAUGAAGAACUUUACGCCAGGAGGGGGAGCCUCGUCCUCGGUUUCCAGGAGGAACUCCAGCAAGGACCCCUGCCUUCCUCACACAGAGGACGUCCCUGCCGCCGCCUCGCGGCCCACUGCUGCCUCCAGUUCCAGAGCCACCGACACGGCCAGUGCGGGCGAUGCUGGCCAUCAGCGCUGCCACACCACAGCAUCCGGAGCGCAGCCGCCUGCAGGUGCACCUGCAGAGGUCUUGAACGCCUCAGCGAGUGAUGCAUGCAACGUCGUCGCCUCAGUUUCCAGCAUGAAAUGCAACAAAAACGGAGAAUGCAGGAGGGACUCCGGCACCGGGAGCCUGCGCUCAAUAAUCUCCAAACAGGAGAAGCAGACGGCGGGGUCUGGGAGAGGCGAGGACGGAGGGGGUGCCAUGAAGCGAGGAGCCUGUAAUUCCACCAGCACAAGCAUGGACGGCUCCAUCACGCCGGGCGGCUCUCUGGCUGGGGGACAGGGAGGGGAGAGCACCCACCCCGGAGUCACCCCGGGGUCCGGCGGAGGCGUCCCCGAGAAAAAGGACUCAAAGGUGUCCUUUUCCAACGCACCGAGCCGGAAAGCCUCGUCCUCGCUGCACGGCCCGACUCUGGGUCAGAGCCAGCAGCCCAGGAACUCUGUCACUUUCCUGAAGCAGGAGGAUGGACCGUCAAUCCUGCCCGCCGAGGAUGCGGAGCCCCAGGGCAGCCAAGCCAGCUUCAUGCAGCGGCAGUUUAGUAGUAUGCUGCAGCCGGGAGUUAACAAAUUCUCCUUACGCAUGUAUGGUAGUCAAAAGGCGGUGGAAAGGGAACAGGAGAGGGUAAAAUCAGCUGGAAAUUGGAUUAUCCACCCUUACAGCGAUUUCAGGUUCUACUGGGAUUUUACAAUGCUGCUGUUUAUGGUGGGCAACUUAAUCAUCAUCCCUGUAGGCAUCACUUUCUUCAAGGAGGAGACCACUACGCCUUGGAUCAUCUUCAACGUGGUUUCUGAUACGUUCUUCCUCAUGGACCUGGUGCUUAACUUUCGCACUGGAAUCAUAAUAGAGGACAACUCAGAUAUAAUUUUGGACCCUAAAACAAUUAAAAAGAAAUACUUAAAAACUUGGUUUAUUGUAGACUUCAUCUCCUCUAUCCCAGUGGAUUACAUAUUCCUUAUAGUGGAGAAAGGGAUCGACUCAGAGGUGUACAAGACUGCUCGCGCCCUGAGGAUAGUCCGCUUUACCAAGAUCCUAAGUCUUCUGAGGCUGCUGAGGCUCUCCAGAUUAAUACGCUACAUUCACCAGUGGGAAGAGAUCUUCCAUAUGACCUACGACCUGGCUAGUGCAGUGAUGCGGAUCAUUAACCUGAUUGCCAUGAUGUUGCUGCUGUGUCACUGGGACGGUUGCCUACAAUUCCUGGUUCCCAUGCUGCAGGACUUUCCGUCAGACUGCUGGGUGUCCCUCAACAAGAUGGAGAAUGAUACCUGGGCAGAACUGUACUCCUUUGCUGUUUUCAAGGCGAUGAGCCACAUGCUGUGCAUCGGUUAUGGCCGGCAGGCGCCGGAGAGUCUGUCAGACAUCUGGCUGACCAUGCUGAGUAUGAUAGUGGGAGCUACCUGCUAUGCUGUUUUUAUAGGCCAUGCAACAGCUCUGAUCCAGUCCCUUGACUCCUCCAGACGGCAGUAUCAAGAAAAGUACAAACAAGUGGAGCAAUAUAUGUCCUUCCACAAGCUGCCCGCUGACUUCCGGCAGAAAAUCCACGACUAUUAUGAGCACAGAUACCAGGGCAAGAUGUUUGACGAGGAGAGCAUCCUGGGAGAACUCAGCGAGCCUCUGAGAGAGGAAAUUGUCAACUUCAACUGUCGCAAGCUGGUGGCCUCCAUGCCACUGUUUGCCAAUGCAGAACCAAACUUUGUGACCGCCAUGCUGACCAAGCUUCGCUUUGAGGUGUUCCAACCCCAUGACUACAUAAUAAGGGAAGGCACGAUUGGCAAGAAAAUGUACUUCAUCCAGCAUGGAGUAUGCAGUGUCAUCACCAAGGGAACCCUCGCCAUGAAACUGUCCGACGGCUCUUAUUUUGGAGAGAUCUGUUUGUUGACGAGGGGCCGGCGGACAGCCAGUGUGCGAGCUGAGACUUACUGUCGACUCUACUCUCUGUCUGUUGACAACUUCAAUGAAGUGCUGGAAGAGUAUCCCAUGAUGAGACGAGCCUUCGAGACUGUUGCCAUUGACCGUCUAGACCGCAUAGGUAAGAAGAAUUCCAUCCUAAUGCACAAGGUUCAGCACGAUCUUAACUCCGGCGUUUUCAACAACCAAGAGAAUGAGAUGAUCCAGGAGAUUGUCAAGUAUGACCGCGAGAUGGUGAAGCUGGUGGACUUGCAGCGGCCACGGGCCAUGUCUAUGACCCCCUCUAUCGGUGGCAUCUUCGCCCCUCCAGGUCCAUCAAACACAGGCUCUGCCAUCGCCACCCUCCAACAAGCUGUGGCCAUGAGUUUCUGCCCCCAAAUGGCGAGUCCUUUGGUGGGUCCAGGGACUCUGCAGUCUCCACGUAUGGUGCGAAGAUUCCAGGUGAUGCAGAACGUGUCCAGUCCGGUCUCUAUGUCUCCUCUUCAGUCUCAGCCUCCCCAGACUCUCGGAGGGGCAUUUGGAUCUGCAAUUUCAAGCCCACCAGUUCAAAGCCCGCUCACAGCUUCGGGACGGACUUUCCAGUACAUGGCGAGUGUAGGACCCUCAGGGUCCCAGUUGUCCCUCGUGCAGCACCAUGCACCCAGCCCCACACAGAUCCAGCAGAGGCCUGUCUCCCACAAGAGCACCCACUCCCUUCAUGCUAGCAGCCUGAGCCAGGACACCCGGGCCCUGUCUGCAUCGCAGCCUUCGCUCCCCCAGGAGGCAACGCCGCAGGCUGCGUCUGCGUCUGCAGCUCCCAGCCCUCCACCCUCGACCCGCACUUCCAACACUUCCAUCGGCCCUCCGCAGCCCCCUCACCACAGCUUGCCGGGGCCCUCAGGGGUGGGAAGAUCGGCGGGAGCUCAACAGAGGGUGGCAUUUGCCUCCACACCUGCUGGACCUGCUGGAAUGGGGGCAGCAGCUGCUGUUGGAUCAGGACCUCCAGACUCUGUAGUUCCCAAGAAGGAUUCGAUUGUCAGCCUUCCAGAGCUAGACUCUGCCAGAUCCCGGCUGUCUUCCAACUUGUGACCCUGGUAGAGUUCAUGAGAGGCCUUUUAUGUCGGAGAAUCUGUUCAGUGUGAGGUCAAUCCAGCUGUUCUUUCAGCUUGCUAAAUGACCGAUCAGCUACUGCCAGCGUCACCUGUCAUUCGACCUGGAUGCACUGUGCUGGUGUCGGCAGAAAGAAAAGAGCUACUCAACGUCUAGAGACACUUUAGCUAGGAGGACUCUAUACAAUUAAACUAAUAUAACUUAAGGUUGAACUGGUCUAGUCUACUGUGGCAGCACCUUUAGUCUUGGUAUCACCACUUUCACUCUGCUUCCAAACACCUACUGUAUAUUGCUGUCUUUACUGUAAAGAUAUAAAGAAAAGUAUGAUUAAUGUACCUUUUGCAUACUGUGUAGAAUCCAUGCAAUGCAAUCUAGCAGGAGCUGGACUUAAAAAUGAAAAUCAGGGACUUGAGGUCAAAUGACAAUGACAUUUUCAGUGUUCAAAGUGUUUUGAGUGUAAUUUUUCUGUAUAAGCUGUUGUAGCAAAAGGACACACAUCUUCAUCUUGUUUAAAAUAGUAGUGGAAUUAGUGUUUUAGACCGCUGGUCGAUCUUACAUCUGUGUGUAAAUAACUGCAAAAAAAGGCAAAAUAAGAAAAAAAGAAAAAGAAAAACAGUGUGGAAGGAUAUUAUAUUCAUUGUAUCUACCCAAACCAAAGUUGAGCUUAAACACCAAGUCUGGUUGUGUCUGUAUCAACUAAAAAAAAAAGAAAAGAAAAAGAAACAUAGAAGAAAAUGCCAUUUAUUUAACUGCCUUGAUUCAACAUUAGAAGCCAUAUAUUUGGUUUGUGCGUAUGUAUAUAUGUGGGUGUAAGUUUGUGCGUGUGAGUUUGUUGAUGUGUUUCGGUUCCAUUUUCAGAGAAGGGACUCGCUCUCUGCACCGCAUCGUCAAGCAUGAGUGGUUCGACUUGCUGACGGUGGCACUGCCCCGUUUUCAUGAAUCAUCUGGGAAGCGGUCAGCUGUUUGCUCAGCAUACUGAUUGUAACCCUGAAAGCAAAGAUGGUUUAAUAAUCUGAGCUUUACUGGAAGGAAACAUUUGUGAACAACCCAUACUGUAUACUUGCUUGUUUCUGUCUAGGUUCAUUGAUUAACACAUGCAAUAUAAUUCUGCAAUACUCUACCCCGCCUAUAUAUAAAUAUAUAUCUGAAUAUAAAUAUCUAUAUAUAUGCUGUACAGGAACUUGAACUUCUCUCUUUAUGUUUUCUUUUUAAUGUGAAUUCCUAAAGAAUCCAGCAGCUAUUGUGGCUUCACUUGAGGUAUGGUGAUCCAGUGAACAUGUUGUUACCUUAACCAAAAAUGUUUGAGGGAAUGAAAGGAUGUGUCGUGUCUUUUUUUGUUGAAAACAGAUUGAACAAGCUGCUUUAAACUGGUUUAGGGUCACAGGAGGAAUCCAUGUUGGAGCUCAGCAAGUCAGAUCCUCAAAAAUGUCACUUUAAAGCCCAAAUUAUUACGUUCAAUUCUAUGUUGAAUUCGGGUUGGUGGGGGCAGUAUAGGGCACAAACAGCUCGCUGGUAAGAACGAUGUGCUCAAUAUCAACAGAAACUUUGGUGAAUGUCUCGACUUUUAGAUGACGAGUUUUUAGUUCAAGUUAUGGGACCAGGUUAAGGCGUUGGUUAGUUUUUGCUCAACAGUCUGAUCCUGUUAAGCCGAAAAUCCUUCUGUUGCUGAAUGUAUGCCAUAUAUGAAGGAAGACAGCUAAUCAGAUUCUAACUGCCAUGUAAAUAAAGGGACGGACGGAGACAUGAAGAAGCUUUUAUGAUGCAAGGAGGUGGACAUCGCUGUACGAGUUGCUGAGUGUCUGCGUAAUCUUUUUUUUGGGGGGGUUGUUGCUUCUCUGGGUAUAACUUUGCUAUAGUUAAUCAGAUACCCAGAACUAACAUGAGGCGAUGAUAGUUUUUUUUUCUACGUUUAUUUCCUGAAAUGGGCGUGAAUGAGAGUGAGUUGAAACCACUUUGAACUCCUCUGUCCAAAGAGAGCACUGAGGACAUUUGGUGAAGCACCUUGUGUUGCACUACAACCUUGUAAUCUAAAAAAAAAACAAUGAUCUAUUCUCUUAAAAUGGUUGCUGUACUUCUCCUCAACCCAAUAUGUGGUUGAACUGAAGGGGAAGCAAGUUGGGAUGGAAAAUAGGCAGCUGAUUAAUCCGUUAGACAAACAAAGUUUCCAACUUCGAUCAGGAGCCAGACUGUAAAAAUCAAUGCGAUGGACAUUUCACUCAGGUUUGCUACCUUUCCAGAGAGAUGUAUCAAUUGCUGCAACAUGGCUUUCUAUUGUUGUAAACUCAUCUAUCUUACUUUCAUCUUGUUGAUUUGACUACGCUGAAGGAUUCUCCUUGAUUUUUGACUGACACAGAGAAACAUUGAGGGCCAAGGGUGUUCAUAACCCUGAGAUUGUUAUUAGCAUAACUUCCUGCUUGGUGAAUCGUUGGAACGAUUAUCCGGAGAAUUGUUUAUAUCUUGAAACAAGGUGGAGGUGAUUGUUUUUUUUAAUCCAAGGGCUUCAUCCUAUGGCUUGUAAACCCUGGCUCAUUGUUACUUUAGAGCAACCACAUUUUCCUUUUCUGCUUGAUCAAUAUCAUGUUCCGAAUAAACCUUCGUCACACCUGGGUUACGAUGCUGCGACCCUGCUUUGUCAGCAACACAGGAACAAUGUACUGCUUUUUCUCUAAACCAAAAUUCCAAUAUGAUUGUGAACAUUUGAGUCAAUGGCUAUUAUGUGCUUCGAUACUGUUUCAGUGCAAUCAAUUGGUCCUCUCCCCUAUUUCUUUGUGCUAAUAAUACCAGAGGUUGCCCUGUUAAGCUGCUAUCAAGACAGUGCUGAUAUUUGAAUUAGUCCACAGUCAGAGAGAGAGCGUGGCGGGAGAAGAGUUAAAGGGUUGAUAUUUCAGGAAAUAUCAGGUGCCAUCUCUGCUUUAUUGUGUCCAUCUGGUGAGAUGUGUAGUCUGCAGCUCACUCCUGCUCAAAGGGUCCCAGAUACUUUGAUCAGCACUUCUCUGUUUGAACCCUCAGCCAUGAGGCUGAUACAAUCCUGACAGGAAACACGCCUCUGUCAGUUUAUCUAUUUGAUAUGACAAAAGAAUGCAGAGUCUUUUGGCUUCACUUCUGUAUGACACAGUGUUGUAUUUGCCUGAUGACGGUGGGUUCUAGGUGUUAUUGUUUUAUGGUUCUACUCCUGGACCUUGCUGUGAACGGGGACUAACGUCCCUCAUACACAUGUGACACUGACUGGUUUUACUGAGGAUAUCCAAGUUUCAAACCUCUCAUUUUUGCUGCACCAGAUAUUAAGGGUACUGAAUGCCUUGGUGUUGAUAUGUUAGCAAAUCAGGGUAUUAUUUUUGUUUGUAAAACUGUCUCUUAUUUAACAGUCUAUUAUAUUUGGUUGUUGUUAUACAGCUUUGUUUUUUAGUGUGCCCUAUGCACAUGGACUGUACAUACCUUGUGCCUAGUAUAUCUAGUUUCCACAUAGUCUAUUUUUGUGGUAUGUAUGUGCCUGUAAAAAUGCAAAUAUGUGUUUUUAUUUUCAACUUGCAAUAUAUGUAAAAAACCAUUAUAGAUGAAGACUAGUAUUGCUGAAUUACAAUGACAAUGUCAGUAUAUAUAAUUUUCCCUGAUAAGGGAAACACAAAAUUGCACAUUUUUGUUGGUUUGAGCCUUCCAACACCAUGCGCGCUGUACUCUGUACUUUCAUGUUCUGUACAUACGGUAAAACACAGAGAUGUGGGGCACAUUGUUGUGUUUUUUACCACAACCUGCUGUUAUAAGAAACAUUUUCUACAGUGAGAGGGUGAGCUCUGUCUGGUUCUUGGUGGAUAUCGGCAGUCUAGACAUUAGCUUAGAUGACCUGCUUGCCACAAGAAGCCAAAAAUGACAGAAAAACAAUAAGUAAAAACAUUGGAGAUGCUUGCACAAUAUCAGAAAAAUAGGCUGUGCAUAUGCUGGAAAAUGUUAUUGAACUGUAUUUUUUGCACAGUUAUUCUCACUGAAGCUGGUUGUACACUGAUCUGGUGUUUGCCAUUAAAAAAAAAAAAAAAAAAGACUCUCUAAAGGUGAAUCUAACUAAUGAGCCACAGCAGUGAUGUGAGCACAACUCCCAGUUGAGUUUGCUGACAGAUAAAGCAGAAUGCAUGCUUGUAUUUUUCUUAUCUAAGCAGAGUUCUGUGUAUAAUUUCUUGUGGGACCUUUAAAUCUAGACAUUGUCGUGUACCAACUACUGUACAAUGAUUUAAUUUAGUCAAACAGUUAAACUUUUGUGUCGUAGCUACUGUAGCCUGCUUAACUUACCUAAGCCUUCUCUGCUUCAGGACUCUGUGUGCUUGAGUUUGUGUGUGCGUGUGUGUGUUCCUGUGCCUUUCCUUCUAUAACGUUGGUCCCACUUGAGAAUACGAUGCCAUUUAGGGGUUUGAAACCCACAUGAGACUGAGACAGGUGCCAGCACAAGCUGCAGAGCGUUAAAUGGUCAUAACUACAUUUAUUCUCCAGACAAACAUAAAAAAAGGGAAAAAAAUGCACAAAACAAAACAAAAAAAUAAAUUAAAAAAGAAAAACACUGAAAUGCUUUCUAGAAAUGACUCUAGCACAUCCCUAGACUUAGUAGCAUUCCACAGCCCACACGAGCCGCUUCAUGGGGGCAUCUAGACACACUUUACCAGCACCAUGUAAAAAAAACAGCACAGAUAUCUGACACAGCUUGUGUGCUCUCUCUCUCUGGGGGCCAGUUUGCAACCAUCUCGGGCUGUGCUCAGCUUCUGCUCUUGAAACAAAAAAAAACAAAAAAAAAACAAGAAAAAAUAACAACAAAAGGUUCAAGUUUUACAGAACUCUGGCUCUGUCUUAAGUUGAUGUCUACAAUCCAGGGACAACUCAGCUCCCGGCCCAGGUCACAGUGCUACCAAACCUAUCUGGAAGAAAGAUAGAAGGUGAUUUUUGUUCGUGUCCAGUCCUUGCAAGCUGUGAUGCUGCUUAGUGGCGGGGGCGUGGGGCUGGUUUGAACCUGUGUCUAAAAGGCUGUCUUGUCCACCACCUCUGCUUGACGAGAACACAGAGCCACACCCUGGUCAAUCUCAAUAAACUGGUCUGUCAGUCAGUGGCAAUGUUCUUUUAGCGUUCGUAAACAGAUGAUACAUUGUU